UGUCCCAUUGUCUCUUCGCCAAUUGCCAUCCCUUCUCUUUUCUCUCCUCACUCUCUUCUCUCUCUCUCUCUCUCUCUCUCUCUCUCUACACAUCUUCUUCAAAGCAACAGAAAAACCUUUUUGCAUUAUCUUAUCACAAAACAACAAGAAUACCAAGAAGAAAAUCACGAUGCUGGGUAUGGGGACUCUAACUUUAGGUUCAUCAACUACAAUGGUUGCUCACACCACUCUCACUUCUUCCAAUACACUCUCUGGAACUAAAAGGCAUAACCUUUUCAACAAAACUCACUCCUUGCCAAUUAAUUUCACCUUAUUCUCUUCCUUCAACAAACUAACAAUGCCACUUACUCCCUUUACCACUGCUGUUGCUUCUGUUCAAUCUGACAGUGUCAGUUCUUCUGAUGCUCCUCCCACCAAGAAUGAGCUCAGCAAGUACUAUUUUCUUGUUGCAAAUGCUAAAUUCAUGCUGGAUGAGGAGGAGCAUUUUCAAGAACAACUAUUUGAACGUCGUCGUUACUAUGGAGAGCGUAAUAAAGAACAGGAUUUCUGGCUUGUCAUUGAGCCUAAAUUCUUGGAUAGUUUCCCUGAAAUUACCAAGAGGUUGAGGAGACCUGCUGUUGCUCUUGUAUCAACCAAUGGUCCAUGGAUCACAUUCAUGAAGUUAAGACUGGAUCGAGUUUUAGCACAAAGUUUUGAAGCUGAGAGCCUAGAAGAAGCAUUAGCCUCCAAUCCUACUAAUCUUAAGUUUGAGAAGCCUGAUAAUUGGGUGGCACCCUAUCCUAAAUAUGAAUCUGGAUGGUGGGAAACUUUCUUGCCCCCAGGACAGAAAGAGGUGAACUCUUAGACAUUAUUUAUGUUCCAUUUCAGUAAUCGGUAUUCAUAGGUCUUUUUCUCCAAGGGCUUUUGUUAAUGUAAAAACUGGAUGUAGUUGAUGUUGGCAAAAUUUGCUUUCAGUUUUGUAAUUUUUGGAAGGCAGUAUAAUUAUUUAAAGCUGAAGUCUUGUCCUUAGAAUUCAAGUUCUAGGCAUUGUUUUUAUGCCCCAAAUGAGUGAAGUAUAGAUAUUGUGGUAAAAUUGAUGUUC